CCAUGGUUCUGCUCUACACCCCCCGAAGCUCCUUCAUCGACGAUACAAUUACAUCCGCCUGAUUGAAUCCAUAUCUCGUCUAGUCCUCUGGCACUGCUAUUUACGAGAGAGAAUGUCUGAUCGGGAUGAAGAGCGCCCCGUAGAAUGGGGACCUGGCAAGACAGCCAAGGGCCGAGCACGCCUCCCUGCCAGCAGACGCCGAGAAAAACGACAGCUAUCGUGCAAUCUCUGCAGGCGAAGGAAGCUGCGAUGCGACCGACAGGAUCCCUGCGGCACCUGCACCAAGCGAGGUCUCGGCGUGUCUUGCACGUACGCAUCACGACCUGUUGAAACUGUUCAGCGGCCUCCAGCCACUAUGCAACAGAGGAUCCAGCAGCUGGAAAGUCUUGUGGUUGAUCUAAUGCAGCAAACGUCUGCGAGCCACCCUGCGCAAGAAGCUGAAGCCAAUCUCGGACCGCCCAGUCCAAUGCUCACUACAGAUUACCCGACUGCAGCAACUUCAGAUACUGAUCCCACAGAUACUGCUUCACCUGCCUCCGAUUGUGGCAGCAUGCAAUGGACUAAAUCCGGUAGCAGCUACGUAAACAGCGCCCACUGGGCCGCCGUCUUAGAUGGAAUCGCAGACAUCAAGGAUCACUUUGAGAAGGAGGAAGAGGCGCAAGCUCGUCGUCUUUCCGACGCUCAAUUUCCCGACUGGAGCGGCCCCCAGUUGCUAUACGGAUGCAAUAACCUCGCCACCAGGGAAGAAAUACUCCAGUCGAUCCCUGCGAGGCCGGUUGUAGACCGACUGGUCUCGCGAUACUUCAAUUCGUUUGAAAUGUCUACAGCGGUGCUGCAUACCGGGCAGUUCUUGAAAGAGUACGAGGAAUUUUGGGAGAACCCAUCCGAUACUCCCGUCAUCUGGCUCGGCCUCUUGUUUACCAUCAUGGCUCUUGCAACACAAUUUCAAAAGUUCAGAUUGGACCCCAGCACCCAAACACCAGCGACUGUAUCAGUUGAGCACGAUCUCGAGACGACGAUGGAAAAUUAUCGCCAAAAAAUCGUCCACUGUCUUGUUCUAGGGAACUACGCCAAAGGUGGCCCUUACGUGCUAGAGACACUAAUGCUAUACAUUGCAUUUGAACUUUUCCUUCGCAACGAUGCUGAGAUUGGUGUCUGGAUUCUCCUCGGCACCACCGUCCAGCUCGCGAUGCAUAUGGGGUACCAUAGAGACCCGAAGCAUUUCAAGGGAAUGUCUCCUUUCGCGGGCGAGAUGCGGAAACGGGUUUGGGCAACCAUCGUCGAGCUUGACCUUGGAAUUUCCGCCCAGGUAGGCCACCCGCGACUGAUCAAGCAAUGGCAAACCGACACGAAAGAGCCUUCGAAUCUCCAAGACAAUGAUUUCGAUAAAGACACGAUAGACAUGCCGCCAUCACGGCCGGAGACGGACAUCACGCCGAUGCUUUACCGUUUGGUGAAGGCUCGCAUCAUGAGAACCAUUGGGUUUAUCUGGGAUUUCGCCGCAGACACCAGGUCAUACACCUACGUGGAGGUUAUGAAAAUGGAUGCAAGGCUUCAAGAGGCGCACAUGUCUAUUCCCGAAGGCCUCAAGUGGCGUUCAAUGACCCAGUGUAUCACGGAUUCACCCCAAAUGAUCGUUCAAAAGGUUUUAUUGGAAAUUGUAUUCUACAGGGCAAGGAUAGUGCUGCACCGAAAAUACCUUCGCCUCCAUUGCUCACCGACAAACACUCAUGAAGGCCAUUCUAAGAAGGAAUGCCUAAAUGCGGCGCUCAAGCUCCUCGAAUACCAACACAUGCUCGAUGAAGAGUCGCAACCGUUCUGUCAACUAUACCAGGAGCGCUGGAGAGUGUCCUCUCUGAUCAACCACGACUUUCUCCUCGCCACAAGUGUUCUCUGCUUCUUUCUACAGCAGACUCGUGGUGAGACCCAUGACGGAACAGAGGCGCUGAUGGCCGAAACCAUUCGAGCAUCUCUCAGAAGAUCGCAUGACAUAUGGCUUAGAUCAAGUAGUCGUUCCAAAGAGGCACGGAAAGCCGCCAAAGCGUUGAGUGUUAUUCUUAGGAGCCAGAAUGAUUGCAGUGCAGAUUCAGAUAUGGAAAAAAACACUCCUCUCGGGACGAUGUCGCCAUCAACGUAUAGCAGUGCUAGCAACUACCCCCAAGAUAAUCAUGUUGGUUUCGGAGUCCAAUUCCCAGCCUUUGACGGAACUGUGCUGGCGAACUGGCCGGAUGCGACCAACCAAUCCGCUGACGCUUUUUCAGCCUCGCCGUCGGCUGCAAAUUUUGGGUGGCACAUAGCAGACGCAACCGAGACAAUGGGCUCUUUACAGUGGCCUUGGAACCUGCAGUGACCUAUAACGGGAUUUUUUAAGGUGGGAGAAUAACGUAAAAGGAGAGUCGAGGUAUAAAUUAAAUCGGCCUCUGUGCAUAGGAAAAUAAUUGCCCGAUGGAAAUUGUUGAACACCCUGGUGAGGGAGUGCACCUGAUGCGGUGUUAUUCGCAGGUAGACUUGCUGUUUCAAUUCCCCUAGAGAGGAAGUCAUACAGCCGGAUUUACAUAGAAGAAGCACG